CAAUUGAAAUCUGGUGUACAACCAAACUUAUACUGUAGAUCUACAUAGACAUCAUGAGAGCCACUGCAGCCGUCCUACUGGUCCUCUGUCUCCUGACCAUCAGUCAUGCAUGGGACUGUCAGGAGGUACUAAACAUCAAUAAUCUGAUGCAGAUCGACGCAGGACUGGGACAAGUGGUUGCAACGGACACAAGUCAAAUCCCCUACUACCUGGUAGCUGAUAAAUGGAUCCGCCUGCCUGGUUCCCUGAAGCAUAUCACUGUGGGACCAGCAGGGAUCUGGGGUGUCAACAAGGAAGACUCAAUCUACAAGUAUGUGGCCGGUAACUGGGUGCAAGCUGCAGGCCUUCUGAAGCAGGUGGAUGCUGGGGGUAACCAGUUUAUUGUGGGGGCCAACAUGGACGAUACUCCAUUCUGUCUGACAAGUAGUGCCACAGUUGGCUACAAGGGUCCAGGUUCACCCAUUCCAUGGACAGGAUUGCCAGGAGCUGUGAAGUACUACAGUUGUGGACCCUUUGGGUGCUGGGCAGUCAACAAGAAUGAUGAUAUCUUCUUAAUGAUUCUGAAUCAAGACUGCCAAAACAAGGGGUGGAAUCUCAUUGGCGGCAAGCUUUCCAUGAUUGAGGUGGCAACUGAUGGUAGUGUCUUUGGGGUCAACUCUUUGGGUGAUGUUUAUACCAGAGACGGCAUCACGGCCAGUAAACCAGAGGGCACUGGAUGGACCAAUAUCCCAAUGUGCAUGCACAUGGGCCACGUGACCUACGACCUGGGCCGUCUUUGGGUCAUCUCCAAGACUGGCGUCACCAUGGUGUGCACACGUUAGCCUCUCCUCUGCAUCUGAAGGCCGAUCAGGAUCUGUCUAAAGUACACAUGCUAACUCAAUGAUCUCUCUUUCUGGAACAGACUUCUGCUUGAGAAUUCUCAACAUUAGUUCAUAAGAAUCCUUCAUUCUAAAACCUAUUGCUCUAACUAUUCUUUUCAGUUCUACACUGAUCUUAUUGACAUUAAAAAAUAUAUAUCAAUGAA